AAUUGUCUUUUUCGUCUGUUCUGUAAUCCUCUGUUCUUGUUGACACUAUUUGUCAUUAUCUAUGUGAUUUUAUUCAGAUGAGAAGUGUUUGUAUCUCAAUUUGAAUCAGGAAUCGUUCGGUUGAGAGGAAUUAAAAUUGUUGACAAUUUAAAUGAAUUAAUCUGGUGAUCAUCAUGAAAAAUAGUGUCUUCAUUUUCUGAGCUGUUGAUUAAUUGUUGAAAAUCAACAAAUUGCUCAGUUUUUAUAAGACAAAGAGGGCUGGUGGUAAAUUAACGGAAGGUUACGUUUGACCUGACAGAAUUGAAGACAGAAAGACGAUUCUGAUGGUUACCACGAUCACAAUCUAAAGGGUUGGAAUCAUUUGCAAAUCAACUUCCAAAUGGAUCAAGUUUGAUUGUUUUCUAUGUGUGUUAUGAUUAAACCAACGAUUGUAUGUUAACUAAUUAUCGUCAAAUGUUGUCGUUGGAGAAAAGUGAUUAACUUUUAUCAAGACUAUAAGAUUCUGAGAAAGUAAAUCAUUGAUUUGGAAUCAAAGAUUAUGUAGAAUGUCCUUUCUACAAUCAAUUCUACUAUUAACAUUGAUUCCAUGGGUUUAUUGUGAAGAUUCAGUGAAAGAAAAUAAUUUAACUACUCGUGUUAACGAUGAUGGAGCCGAUAAACAGACAACAUCCAAUCAAGCCUAUCAACCAAUGUUCAAUUCGGACAGUGUAAGGCCAAUUAUGGUUCAGCGAUAUCCUUACCUAGUUCCCGAUGAACGCGUUUAUCAACCUUAUGGCUACAAAGUCCCACCAACGCCCAUGAAAUAUCCGUCGCCAUGGCCUCAGCCGAUUCCCUGGCCACCAAAAUAUCCUCCAGCUAAACCUGAAGAGGAAAAGGAAGAUCUUGAGAAAUCAUUUCUCAAAGUUAUGUAUCCAGCGAUUAUAAUCUUUGCCAUAGGUUCAAUUUUUAUUCCAAUUCUGAUAAUCUACAAUUAUAAGAGUAUCUAUGGAUUGGGCGGUGGACCGGUUGGAGGCUGUGGUUGCGCCAAGAAAGAUGGUAAACGACAAAGAGCUCGAUUGGGACGAUUACAUUUAAUUAGUAAUCUAAUUAACUUAAUGGUGACCAUUGAAAAAGCUUUAGCAGAGGUUGAACGUAAAUUCAGCGUUGGUACAAAUAGUCAAAACCCUUCAUCAAAUAGUAAAAUUAAAUUGUAAACAAAGUGAUCAUAAUUGACUUUUGGAAACCCUGAUUACUACAACCAUACACACAACUUCAUCAUCCACAAUUAAGUUAAUUAUCAGCAUUUUCAUUAAUUCUCAUCAAUAUUUUUAUAUUUAUAAACACAUACACACACACAAUGUUAAUAGUCGUUGGAAAUUUAUAAUUUUAUUUACAAUGUUACAAUGAAGGUUUAAUUUAUUAGUCUUGCUCAAUUUAUAUCAACUCAAUUAACUGGUCCAACUGAUUAACCAUCCCAAUGAAAAAUUAUUCAAUACUUGGAGGUUAAUUGUUGACGAUUAACACAAACCUUUUCAACAGUUUCCAUCAUUAUCAUCACCAAGGUAAUACAACCGUUAACUUACAUAUUAGCAUAAAGGCCAAUCAACAAUCAACUAAAUGGUGGAAAGUAAAAAAGAAAACAGGAUUGAAAAUGUUCAUCAUCAUCACCACCACCAGAAUUAUCAUAAUUGAACUUAGAAACAAAGAGUUAAAUGAAUGAAUAACAAGUUAUCAUCCUGAUGAAAAGUCCAUUCAAAUUAAAAGGAGGAAGAAGAUGAUUAUGAAUCGUAUAAAGUAAUAUUCAUCGUUUGAUUGAUUAAUACUCAGAGAAAUUAAAUUCAGGUUCCUCCAUCGGUCAACAUCCUAGGCACGGUUGUGUCGUUUUCCUGGCAGAAAUGGGAAAAAAUUCACCUGAGUGGAUGAUUAAAUUGCUGAAAAUUCAUGUUGCAUGAUUUCAUGGGGAUGAUGUUGCUGUUUAACCCCAAUGAAUAAAAAAAAAGAGGAAGAUGCCAAAGAUGAGGAUAACCUUUUGUUUUCGUGCCUCAAGCUAAAUAACCGUUUUGAUGAUAGACCAAAGGACCAAUGUUUUGGAGCAACGAUCUAACCGGUAGCUCUUUUCAUGGUAAAAGGGAAAAGUUUUUCACAACUUUUGGAUCAUUGACUUAUGAUUGAAAUUAACUGAUUCUCUCAUUCAACUCAUUUGAAUAACAUGAAAAUUUUGACAACAUU